AUGGAUGAAUCUUUGUUUUAAAAUAAUUUUUUCAAUAAGCAAGAAAUCUGCCAAUACUUUGGAAAUGUGUUAAUAUAUAUACAUUAUGAUAGGUUUUAUUAGCAACUGAUUAUUCAGGUCAGAUUGUAUUAAUAUUUUGUAAUGGAGAAAUAAUUACUUACGAAUUGGUUUAGGAGAAAUAAUGGUAAUAGACAUCAUCAUUGAAGGUGAUUCCAUAAAUAGCAAUUAUAAAAUAAAAUGAUUACAGUUUACAAUUGAAUGGAAAUGGUCGAAGGUUUAUCUUUAUGUAAGUGGAUCAGAGAUAUGAGUUUAAGAUAUAGAUUUGGUAAAGAAGACACAAAUUUAAUUGGACAUUUCAAUAGAGUCUUAAAUUAAAUUCUCGUAGUAAGUUCCUAUCUAUAAAUUUAAUUGGAAGUAUGCUCAUGGUCGAUCAUUUAAAGACCAUAAUAAUUUGGGAUUACAAUCCACCUUAAACAAAACUUGUUAGAGUGUAAUCUGUGCCUUUGGAGGCCAAUACGGCUUGUUUUAAUGAUAAUGAUUGUGUUAUUGCUGCUAAAUCUAAAUAACAUGUUGUUCUGAUCAAAAAAGUCAAUCAUAUAUGGGUUAAAUAUCAGAGUAUAAAGGGGGAAUAAGAAUUCUUUAUGCAAUUCUUCAAAAAUAGAUUAAUAAUAAUGUCCAUUUAUGAUUUAUUUAUGUAUAAGAUGGAUGAUUCAUUCCAUUUUUCAAUAGAGAAGUAGAUAAUAUCAGGGUUUUUCACAAAGGAACCUCAAUAAUGUUUGUUUAUAGGAUCUAUUGUGCUUAUCUAAAUGCCUUCUUUGUAGGUUGAGUGUUACAAAUAUGAAAAUAAUGUAUGGUUGAAGGAUAAGACUUACUUCUCUUCUAAAUUUGAGGCACAUUAAAUACUGUUUUCUAAGGAUAAUAAGAAACUGUUUAUAUAUAGAAAGAAAUAUGGUUGUAUUGUUUUUGAUAAGAAAAAUGAAAUAAAAGAGAAAAUUAAAUCAUGA